AUGGGCAACUGCAGAGUGAUCUGCAGUCAGUUUGUGAAUGUGACUCUGGAUCCAGACACGGCUCAUCCCAAACUCGUCCUGUCUGAGGAUCGGAAAAGUGUGAGAUACGGGGACACGCGGCAAGAUCGGCCUGACAAGCCUGAGAGAUUUGAUACUUGCCUCUGUGUGCUGGGUGCCGAGGGCUUUGCAGGUGGGAAGCGUUACUGGGAGGUGGAGGUGGGAGACAAGACUGCCUGGGACAUGGGGGUUUGCAGGGAAUCUGUACGCAGGAAGGGGAAGGUAGCAUUUACACCUGAUGACUACUGGAGACUCACACUGAGGGAUGGGGAAUACAAAGCCCUCAUCUCCCCUUCUACUACCAUCCCUGUAAGCACCAGGCCCAGCCGGGUGGGGAUUUUCCUGGACUACCAGGCAGGUAAGGUCUCAUUUUACAAUGUGACUGACAGGUCCCAUCUCUUCACCUUCACUGACAUCUUCUCCGGGAUGCUCCGCCCAUAUUUCAGUCCCUGUAACAACACUGAGGGUACAAAUGUGGCUCCCCUGACAAUCUGCCCUGCCCCAGCCCAGGAGGGAGGGAAUCUCAAUAAGGUGGAAUGAGGUUGUCUGUUCCAGCUGCCCUGGCUCAUGUUACAACAGGGGCUGCACCAUGUGGGAUCAGUGGGAGAUGCUCUUAUGUCACUGCCUUUGCUCUCGCUGCUGGGAUAGAGCACCAUGGGCAACUGCAGAGUGAUCUGCAGUCAGUUUGGUGGGUCUUCACUAAACCUGUUAUAUCCAUCUCCGGGAUAGAUUUAAUUAAUUUCAGUGCAUGGAUAUGGGCUGCUGGGUAGAUGGAGCCAGUGAUCCCUGCAGCUCAGACU